AUGAGCUCCUCGUCUUCGUCUUCGUCCUCGUCGACCGACGUGGUGCUCAAGAACCCUCCGUGCUUCCGCACUGGCCUCAUGUGGGGCAUCGCCACGGCCGUCCUCAUCGGCGGCCACCGCUUCCGCACCACUCGAGGCGUCCGCACGUCCUGCGACGCCGCCGUCCUCACCUUCGGCCUGGUCAGCUGCGGCUCCUGGGUCUUCUGCUCCGCUGCGUACCGCGCGCGCGUGCGCCAGACGCGCGACUUCAUGGAGGUCAUGAACAACCCGGAGCGCAAGGCCGAGGCCGAGCAGUUCCUGCGCUCGCGCGUGCAGACGCGAGACGACGCGGCCGACAAGCAGUAG